GGUCACAGCUUCACCCGCGCGCAGAUAAUCGGAGGUCGAAGCGGACACGAGCUGCGUCUUCCGACUCCCACAUUCGCCCGCCCGGCUUUCACGCUCCCCAGACCUUUGUGCCCGUGAAACUUCCUUAUCGCACACAUCACCGCGACACGCGAGUUUGUCGUUGCGUGAAUGUUUCGUUCCGUAGUCGUAACAUUUUCUUUCUCAAUUUCGUAGUUUGCGAGAGAAUCGCAGCUGAUCGAGUAGAUAGCUGACGUGUAGGCGUAAUCAAUGUUAGAGGGGUGAAAACGUCUAGGAAGAUUACGGCGACCUUGGUCGUCCUUGCGCGAUAACCCGCGGCGACCUCGACCCUGCUAUCGCACCCUUUUAACGCUCCGGUCGGCGGCCGCGGCAGCACUCCGCUCGCGGCUCGCGCUCGCCACACACUCCCGCGCACUCCGCUUCCGACACUCAGUAGCGAUCGACGUCGCGCAUGAAAGUCCCCUGGACGCGGUGCCACCGUCCUUCGAGAUAGUUAAGAGCUAAGCCACAAUGCCGAGUGCGACGGUAAACGGAAAGAAGGGCCCCUGCGGCGCCUGCGACGACGACAUCGUGCUGACCGGCAUCUCGGGCCGCCUGCCCGACUCCAACUCCAUCGAGGAGUUCGCCAAGAACCUCUUCGAAGGCGUCGACCUCGUCACAGCUGACGACCGCCGCUGGCCACCAGGGUUGCACGGAUUGCCGGAGCGCAAUGGCAAGCUCAAGAACCUGGAGCUGUUCGACGCGACCUUCUUCGGGGUGCACGCCAAGCAGGCGCACCUCAUGGACCCGCAGCUGCGCCUGCUGCUGGAGAGCACGCACGAGGCCAUCGUGGACGCCGGCUACAGCCCGGCCGAGCUGCGCGGCUCGCGCACCGGCGUCUACGUCGGCGUGUCCAACUCCGAGUCCGAGGAGAUGUGGACGCAGGAGCCCGACAAGAUCAACGGCUACGCGCUCACCGGCUGCUGCCGCGCCAUGUUCCCCAACCGCAUCUCCUACACCUUCGACCUCAAGGGGCCCUCGUACGCCGUGGACACGGCCUGCUCCAGCUCGCUGUUCGCGCUGGCGCAGGCCUUCACGGCCAUCCGCGCCGGCCACUGCGACGCCGCCAUCGUGGCCGGCUCCAACCUGUGCCUGAAGCCCGGCAACUCGCUGAACUUCCACCGCCUCAGCAUGCUGGCGCCCGACGGGCGCUGCGCCGCCUUCGACGCCAGCGGUCGCGGCUACGUGCGCUCCGAGGCCGUGGUGGCCGUGCUGCUGCAGCGGCGCGGCGCGGCCCGGCGCGCCUACGCCACCGUGCGCAACGCGCGCAUGAACACCGACGGCAGCAAGGAGCAGGGCAUCACCUUCCCGGCCGGCGCCGUGCAGCAGCGCCUGGCGCGCGAGACCUUCGCCGAGGCGCGCCUGCGCCCGCAGGACGUCGUCUACGUGGAGGCGCACGGCACCGGCACCAAGGUGGGAGACCCGCAGGAGGUGAACGCGAUCGCCGACUUCUUCUGCGAGGAGCGCAGCACGCCGCUGCUGCUGGGCUCGGUGAAGUCCAACAUGGGCCACUCCGAGCCCGCGUCGGGGCUGUGCUCCGUGGCCAAGAUGGUGGUGGCCAUGGAGGCCGGCGUCAUCCCCGCCAACCUGCACUACAAGAGCCCCAACGCCGAGAUCCCCGCGCUCAGCGACGGCCGCAUCCAGGUCGUGGACAAGAACACGCCGUGGGACGGCGGGCUCGUGGCGAUCAACUCGUUCGGCUUCGGCGGCGCCAACGCGCACGUCAUCCUGGAGUCGGAGCGCGGACGCGCGGCGCCGGCGGCGGCGACCGAGGGCCCCUACGCCGUGCCGCGCGUCGUGGUGGCGUCCGGCCGCACCGACGACGCCGUGCGCCGCCUGCUGGCGCUGGCGCGCGACCACCCCAAUGACCGCGCACUCCACGCGCUGCUGGACCGCGUGCACGCGCACAACAUCGUCGGCCACGCGCACCGCGGCUACGCGCUGCUGGCCGACGACGUCGUCGAGGAAGUCGUGGAAAACGACAGCAGUGAGCCGCGGCCCAUCUGGUUCGUGUUCUCGGGCAUGGGCUCGCAGUGGGCCGGCAUGGCCAAGACGCUGCUGCGCCUGCCGGCCUUCGCCGCCAGCAUCGCGCGCUCGGCCGCGGCGCUGCGGCCGCACGGCGUGGACCUGGAGCACGUGAUCCGCGACGCGCCCGACGCCGCCUUCGACGACGUCAUCGCGUCCUUCGUGUCCAUCGCCGCCGUGCAGGUGGCGCUCGUGGACGUGCUGCGCGAGGUGGGCGUGCGCCCCGACGGCAUCGUGGGCCACUCGGUGGGCGAGAUCGGCUGCGCCUACGCCGACGAGACGCUGACGGGCGAGCAGGCCGUGCUGGCGGCCUACUGGCGCGGCCGCAGCAUCGUGGACGCCAAGCUGGCGCCGGGCGCCAUGGCCGCCGUGGGCCUGUCGUGGGACGAGUGCGUGCGCCGCUGCCCGCCCGACGUCUUCCCCGCCUGCCACAACGCCAAUGACAGCGUCACGAUUUCAGGCCCCGUGGCGUCGGUGGAGAAGUUCGUCGCCGAGCUGGCCGCCGAGAACGUGUUCGCGCGGCGCGUCAACAGCAGCGGCGUGGCCUUCCACAGCAAGUACAUCGCCGCCGCCGCGCCGCUGCUGCGCCGCAGCCUGGAGCGCGUCAUCACCAACCCCAAGCCGCGCUCGUCGCGCUGGGUGUCCUCCUCGCUGCCGCGCGACCAGUGGAACUCCGACCUCGCCAAGAUGAGCGACGUGGCGUACCACGUGAACAACCUGCUGUCGCCGGUGCGCUUCGCGGACGCGCUGAAGGAGAUCCCGGCGCGCGCGCUGGUGGUGGAGGUGGCGCCGCACGCGCUGCUGCAGGCCGUGCUGAAGCGCGCUGUGCCCGCGCCCGCCGCGCACGUGGCCCUGGUGCGGCGCGACGCGGCCGACGCGCGCCUGCACCUGCUGGCCGCGCUGGGCAGGCUGUUCGCGGCCGGCGCGCAGCCCGCGCUGGGCGCGCUGUACCCCGCCGUGCCCUUCCCCGUGCCGCCCGGCACGCCCGGCCUGGCCUCCAGCGUGCUGUGGGACCACGGCGUGGAGUGGGCCGUGGCCAACUUCGCCGCGCCCGCGCGCUCCGGCGAGAACGUCAUCGAGAUCGACCUCAACCGCGCCGAGGACGAGUUCCUCAUGGGCCACGAGAUCGACGGCCGCGUGCUGUUCCCGGCCACCGGAUAUUUGACGCUGGUGUGGCGCACCAUGGCCAAGCUGCACAACAAGAAGCCGGAGGAGCUGGCGGUGGUGAUCGAGAACGUGGCCUUCCGCCGCGCCACCAUCCUCACGCGCGACGCGCCCGUGCGCUUCCUCGUCAACGUGCUGGAGGGCACGGGCGAGUUCAACGUGUGCGAGGCCGGCGCCGCCGUCGUCACCGGCACCGUGCGCGUCGCCGCCGACCCCGCCGCCGAGCGCCUGCCGCUCGACGUCGCCGACGUGCCGCCCGCCAACCCCGCUGAGAUCCCCCUGGAGGAGGACGACGUGUACAAGGAGCUGCGGCUGCGCGGCUACAACUACGGCGGCGCCUUCCGCGGCAUCCGCGUGUCCGACUGGCGCGCCACCGACGGCGAGCUGGACUGGAGCGGCAACUGGAUCUCCUUCAUGGACACCAUGCUGCAGUACCUCAUCAUCUCGCAGAAGACCCGCGAGCUGUACCUGCCGACGCGGCUGCAGCGCGUGCUCAUCGACCCGGCGGCGCAGGCGGCGGCGGCGGCGGGCGGCGACGCCGUGCGCGUGCGCUGCGUGCACCAGCUCGGCCUCAUCGCGGCCGGCGGCGUCGAGAUCCGCAACCUCAAGGUCAGCCUCGCGCCGCGCCGCACCAACGCGCAGAACGCGCCCAAGCUGGAGAAAUACGUGUUCCGGCCGUACGACGACGCGGCCGUGGCGACGGACGACGCCACGCGCUCCAAGCGCGACGCGCUGACCGUGAGCCUGCAGACGGCCGUGGAGAACCUGGCCCUCACGCGCCUCAAGCUGGCCGAGCUGGCGCUGGAGCGGCCGGCCGAGGCGCUGCUCACGCCGCCCGCGCUGGCGCUGCUCGAGGCCGAGCCCGAGCUGCGCGUGGACGCCACCGUGGCCGCCGGCGCCGCCGCCGCCUCCUACUCCGCCGCGCUGCAGCCGCUCGGCGUCAAGGUGACCCAGAAGGACGGGCGCGCCGGGCCGGUGGAGAGCGACUGCCACAUCGUGCUGGCGUGCGACCUGGUGUCGCGCCACGACGCCGCCACGCUGGCGCACGCGGCGGCCGCGCUGGCGCCCGGCGGCCUGCUGCUGCUGGAGGAGGCGCGGCGCGCGCUGGACGCGCCCGAGGCGCGCGACGUGCUGGCGCGCGCCGGGCUCGAGCCACUGUCGCGCCAGCUGGCCGCCGGCUGCGAGUACCUGCUGCUGCAGCGCACGCCCGAGAUCCCCUCCACGCACGUCGUCGUUGACGUGACGGACGACAGCUCGUACGCGUGGGUGGACGCGCUGCGCGAGGCGGUGGCGCGCGCCGAGACGGAGGACAUGCGCGUGUACGUGGUGUCGCGCGCGGCGGCGGGCGGCGCGCUGGGGCUGGGCACGUGCCUGCGCCGCGAGCCGGGCGGCGCGCGCGUGCGCGUGUUCCUGGCGCCGGGCGGGCCCGCCUUCGCGCCCGGCGCGCCGGCCUACGCGGCGCAGGUGCGGCGCGACGCCGCCUUCAACGUGCUGCGCGGCGGCGUGUGGGGCUCCUACCGGCACCUGCCGCUGGCCGAGCCGGACGCGGCGGCGCUGCAGGUGGAGCACGCGUACGUGAACACGCUGACGCGCGGCGACCUGUCGUCGCUGCGCUGGAUCGAGAGCCCGCUGCGCUACGCGGCGCACCUGCCGCUGCGCGCCAGCGAGGAGCUGUGCCGCGUGUACUGCGCGCCGCUCAACUUCCGCGACAUCAUGCUGGCCACCGGCAAGCUGCCGCCCGACGCGCUGCCCGGCAACCUCGCCGGACAGGACUGCAUCCUCGGGCUGGAGUUCAGCGGGCGCUCGUCGAGCGGCAAGCGCGUGAUGGGCAUGGUGGCGGCGCGCGGGCUGGCCACGAGCGUGGUGGCCGACAAGGGCUUCCUGUGGGACGUGCCGGCCAAGUGGACGCUGGAGGAGGCGGCCACCGUGCCCGUGGCCUACUCCACGGCGUACUACGCGCUGUGCGUGCGCGGCCGCAUGGCGCGCGGCGAGGCCGUGCUGGUGCACGCGGGCACGGGCGGCGUGGGGCAGGCCGCCAUCGCCAUCGCGCUGCACAUGGGCUGCACCGUGUACACCACCGUGGGCACGCCCGACAAGCGCGCCUUCCUGCGCCAGCGCUUCCCGGCGCUGCCCGACGCGCACAUCGGCAACUCGCGCGACGCCUCCUUCGAGCAGCUCGUGCUGCGCCGCACGCGCGGCCGCGGCGUCGACCUCGUGCUCAACUCGCUGGCCGACGACAAGCUGCAGGCCUCCGUGCGCUGCCUGGCCGAGGGCGGCCGCUUCCUCGAGAUCGGCAAGCUGGACCUCUCCAACAACACCGCGCUGGGCAUGUCGAUAUUCUUGAAGAACACCACGUUCCACGGCAUCCUGCUGGACGCGCUGUUCGACGCGGACGGCGAGAACGCGGAGAAGGCGGCCGUGGUGCGCUGCAUGCGCGAGGGGCUCGCCUCGGGCGCCGUCACGCCGCUGCCCGCCACCGUCUUCGGCGACCAGCAGCUGGAGCAGGCCUUCCGGUACAUGGCGACGGGCAAGCACAUCGGCAAGGUGGUGCUGCGCGUGCGCGAGGAGGAGCUGGCGCGCGCGCCGCCCGCCGCGCGCCUGCUGCCCGCGCGCCCGCGCACCUACAUGCACCCCGCCAAGACCUACGUGCUCGUGGGCGGGCUGGGCGGCUUCGGGCUGGAGCUGGGCCACUGGCUGGUGUCGCGCGGCGCCACGCGGCUGGUGCUGAACUCGCGCAGCGGCGUGCGCACGGGCUACCAGGCCUGGUGCGUGACGCGCUGGCGCGAGCAGGGCGCGCGCGUGCUGGUGUCCACGGCCGACGCCGCCAGCGACCAGGGCGCGCGCGCGCUGCUGCACGAGGCGGCCGCGCUGGGGCCCGUGGGCGGCGUGUUCAACCUGGCCGGCGUGCUGCGCGACGCCUUCCUCGAGAACCAGACGCCCGACGACUUCAAGCAGGUCGCGCGCCCCAAGGUUGACGCGACCAAGUGCCUGGACGCGGCGACGCGCGAGCUGGCGCCCGAGCUGGAGUACUUCGUGGCCUUCUCGUCCGUGUCGUGCGGCCGCGGCAACGCCGGCCAGACCAACUACGGCUUCGCCAACUCCGUCAUGGAGCGCGUGGUGGAGCGCCGCCAGGCCGACGGGCUGCCCGGGCUGGCCGUGCAGUGGGGCGCCAUCGGCGACGUGGGCAUGGUGGUGGAGCAGAUGGGCGGCGGCGGCCACGACGCCGUGGUGGGCGGCACGGUGCCGCAGCGCAUCCUGUCGUGCGUGGACGCGCUGGGCACGCUGCUGGCGCUGCCGCACGCGGUGGCCGCCUCCAUGGUGCUGGCCGACAAGCGCCGCGGGCCCGCCGCGCCCGCGCAGGACCUGGUGCACGUGGUGGCCAACGUGCUCGGCAUCAAGGACCCCGGCAAGGUGUCGGACGGCGCCAACCUGGCCGAGCUCGGCAUGGACUCGCUGAUGGGCGCCGAGAUCAAGCAGACGCUGGAGCGCGGCUACGACGUGGUGCUGGGCGCGCAGGAGAUCCGCGCGCUCACCUUCGCCAAGCUGCGCGCCAUGUCCGGCGGCGACGCGCCCGCCGAGCCCGCGCCCGCGCCGCCCGCGCCCGCCGAGCCCGCCGACGAGCUCGUGCAGAUGGCCAGCAUGGGCGAACUCAUGCCCACGCAGGUGAUGGUGCGACUGCCUUCGGGCGCGGGCGCGGGCGAGGUGUUCAUGCUGCACCCCAUCGAGGGCGUGGUGGACGUGCUGCGCGGCGUGGCGGGCGCGCUGGCGGGCGGCGCGUGGGGCCUGCAGUGCGUGGCGGCCGCGCCGCUGGACAGCAUGGCGGCGCUGGCGCGCUUCUACCUCGCCCACGUGCGCGCGCGCCAGCCGCGCCCGCCCUACACGCUGCUCGGCUACUCCUUCGGCGCCGGCGUCGCCUUCGAGAUGGCGCUGCAGCUCGAGCAGGAGGGCUGCGCGGCGCGGCUGGUGCUGGUGGACGGCUCGCCGGCGUACCUGAGCACGCACACGACGCGCGGCAAGCGGCGCAGCGCCGCGCCCUCCGCCGCCGCCAACGAGGCCAACGCGCUCGCCUACUUCGCGCAGCAGCUGCGCGACCUCGACCAGGCCAAGAUGGCGAGCGAACUCGAGAAGCUCCCGAGCUGGGAGGCGCGGCUGGAGCGCGCGACGGCGAUGAUCGGCGACGCCGGCGGGCACCCGGCCGCCGCCAUCGCCGCGGCGGCCGCGUCGUUCUACCGCAAGCUGGUGGUGGCGGACGCGUACCGGCCGGCCGCCAAGCUGCGCGCGCCGGUGACGCUGUUCCGCGCGCGCGACAACUACGUGACCGUGGGCGACGACUACUACGGGCUGCGCGACGUGUGCGCCGGCCCGCUGCGCGCCGAGGUGCUGCCCGGCAACCACCGCACCAUCCUGGCCGGAGACUCGGCGCGCACCAUCGCCGCGCACCUGUCGCAGCUGCUGGCCGAGCAGCACUAGC